CAGCGCACAGCUAAAAAUAUGGCUGCUUCAGAUCAAGCGCUAGCCAAAUUCAUUUCGGUUUCUGACCGCUUAAGCGAAUUUGAGGCUCAGAUCAACACUCCGGAAUCCGCAGCUCCAACCGUCACGAUGCUUGGCGUCCGUCGCGACCAAGUCCGAACCCUAUGGGACAAGGUUGAGAAGGAAUACGAUCUCUGCUCAGAGUGCCUUGUGUCAGCAGGCGAAGCGGCAGCAAGCAACAUGCCUAUUCUCAGGGCUAAAUACAGUUAUUGCUAUUCAGUCUAUGAAAGGUGUGUUGCCCAGCUCGUUGAUAAAAUCGAGCAGGGCACUUCUCAGUCCAUUCAAUUGAAAAUACUGUUUAAAGUGCAGUCGAUACCACAGGAAUCUGGGGCGGCCUUGAAGGUACUGCAAAGUACUGUUUAA